AUGUCCCCGACCUCCGGACCCACCGCAGGAGGGGUACACGGACUUCUUCUCACACUUCACGAGUCACUUUCGGAUGAGGAUGUUCGGGGGGCUGCUCUCAGAUGCCAUGAUAUUGUUGGAGAUCUGGGGCAAGAAUGCAUGCUCACUCCAUCCGAUCAUGAAGUCGCUUUGCAGACAUCCUUGUUGUUUUCUAAAGACUAUGGACUACUGUGCUUCCUCAGAAAAUCCCUGUCGUCUGAUGAGCUCCGUGAUGCUCGUGUGGACAUUUUAUCUUUUUUGGACAAGUUUUUGGACAAAAUUUCUCUGCGAGUCCGUGACUGGGAGAAGACAUAUGCAACUGACAUUAAAGAUACUUGUAUGGUGGUGUACACCAAAGAUAAAUUGGCCAAAAGCAGAGGGCCAGUGCUGGAUCUGCUUAUCAAGGUCCUUCAAACAACAAAAGCCUCCACUGUUGUUGCAGAUUUGAAAGUGCCAGAUAUCUUUAACAAAUUCUACAUGGAGUUAUGUCAGAAAAACAAACUCCCAGAUUCAGUGCUUGGUAAAAUUUAUGAAUUGCUGGGAGUCCUUGCCGAGGUCCAUCCGAAUGAAAUGGUCAACAAUUCAGACAGACUCUACAAGGCUUUUCUGGGAGAGUUAAAAGAACAAAUGACCUCGUCAACAAAGGAACCCAAACUUUUUGUCGUUGCUGGAUGUUUGAAAGGGUUGACGGCUUUGAUGGUGAACUUUACCAAGACAAUGGAUGAAGACCCAACAACAUCCAAAGACAUUUUUCAGUAUGCCUUAAAAGCCAUCAGCCCUCAGAUGGAAAUGACCCGAUAUGCUGUCAUGUUUGCUGGAUUGAAGCUCUUUGGGAGACAUGCAUGUCAGUUUAGCACAUGUCUAAUGGAUCACUAUAAAACCAUUUUUGAGGCAAUGUCAAAACUGUGUGGACACAUUAAUGCAGAGAUGAAGAAAACCAGCUAUUAUGCACUGGAAGCCUUUCUCAAGCAGGUUGCCAUGUUGGUGGCUAAUGAUAUAGAGGAGCACAAAGGCAAAUUGAAGUUCUUCAUGCAGACGUUUUGUGGCAUUAUAAAAACCAUGGACUCGACACAUAAGGAGUUAUCUAUCGCCAUUCGAGGAUAUGGAUUAUUCGCUGCUCCGUGUAAGAAGGUGUGCCCCCAGGACGUGGACCUGAUGUACACAGAGCUGAUCCAGCGCUGUAAGCAGAUGUAUCUCACGGAGUCUGACAGAGAGGACGAGUCUUUCUACCAGCUGCCAAGUUUCCUGGACUCCAUCGCCAGUGUCCUCAUACAUCUGGACAAGAUUCCAGAGGUGUACACUCCACUGCUAGAGCGCCUCCUUGUGGUGCAGAUCGACAGCUUCCCUCAGUACAGCGAGCGGAUGCAGACCACGUGCUGCAGGGCAAUUCUCAAAGUGCUGGUGGCGAUGGCUUCUAAAGGACCGGUGCUUUGGGGUUUUAUCAGCUCUGUGGUUCACCAAGGUUUGAUCCGAGUUUGUUCAAAGCCACUAUUGAUUGAGGACAAAGAAGCUGAAAAUGCAGCAGAAUCUCAAAUGCGAACUGGAAACUGGAAAGUUCCUUCUAGUCAGAAUUACUUGGCACUGUACAAAAGCCUUCUGAACUGCCAUCUGCUAAAGGAUACAGGAUAUUUGGAUGGUGCUUUCGAAAGCCAAAACGCUGCCCUGAAGUCUUUAAGUCAACUUAUUUACGACGAACUGGUGAAAUCUAUUCUUCGCAUUGUGGAGAAGCUGGACCUGUCUGUUCAAAAGGUCACAGGAGAAGAGGCCUCUGAGGACCUGGCCCAUGCCCUCCCUUCAUCUGAUCCAACUGCUCAUCUCUUACCAAACAAAGUUAAAGAUUUUACUGCGUUUAUAAACCUAGUGGACUUCUGCAGCGAGUUGUUGCUGACUCGACAUUUGGACUAUUUUGAAUCGUGGAUGUAUCCCUUAAGCCAUGAGCUCAUCCUCCACUCCAUACAAAACCCUCUCGUCAGUGGCUUUUAUAAACUUCUGUCUGUCACAAUGAAAAUUGGCAAAAGAAUCAAAUAUUAUCAGGGAGUGGGGCUAAAGAGCUCUGAAUCUGGCCAAAUGGAUUCUGUUAAAAGUGCCUGUUUUUCCCUGUUCUCAAAGUUUGGAAAAGAGGUGUGUGUUAAAAUGAAGCAGUACAAAGAUGAGCUCCUGGCUUCCUGCUUAACUUUUGUUCUUUCGCUGCAUCAUAACAUCAUCGCCCUGGACAUAAAGGCCUAUUCUCCGGCUUUAGAGGCAGCUCUGAAGCUCGGUCUGAGCCAUGUGCCUUUGGCGAACACCGGCCUGGACGCUCUUGAAGACUGGUCCAACUAUAUUCCACUGGAGAUAAUGCAACCUUGCUACACCACCAUCCUCCCUCUCCUGGAUGGAUACCUCAAAACCACUGCCAAUGACAGCAAAGAUGACAACAACUGGGAGGUGAUCUCGUCUGCGUCAGCCAGAAGUGACAAAGGCUACAGCAGAGUCAUGACCAGACUGCUCAAGCAAUCCAAGCAGCUGUCUGUGGAAGAUGCUCCUUUGGUCUCUGUACGCCUCAGAGUGGUAAAGCUGCUCGGUCAUUUGGGAGGAAAACUCAACAGAAACCUUGUAGCUGUUGUUUCCUCUGAGGAGAUUAUGAAGAAGUUUGUGGCCUGGGAUUCUGAGAAGAGGCUGAACUUUGCGGUGCCGUUUUCAGACAUGAAACCUGUGAUUUUCAUGGACCCCUUCCUGCCUCGCAUCAGUGAACUGGCCCUGUCAACCAUUGACCGGCAGACCAAGGUUUCCUCCGGGUACUCCGGUUUCCCCUACCACUAA